UUUCCUUCAAGCUUCCACAGUUGCAACAUUUCAAUUUUCUAUUUGGUCUGUUCGAGAGACGGAAAAGGAGAAACAAGAUUUGUGUUACGAUGUUGAAAUAUGUUGGUGUUUGGAUGAUGACAUUGUGUGUAGUACGACUUAAUAGAACUUUUUCAAACGUUGCUUUUCAUAAACCUGCCACCAUGAGUACAGUGUUUAACGUUAAUAACGUAGCAUCUCGUGCAGUGGAUGGAAACACGAGCUUAUCCGCAGCAACGAAAUACGGCGACAUGGAACCGUGGUGGAUGGUGGAUCUGCGUGGCUACUUUGACAUACAUGACGUCAUCGUCACGAACUUCACUUAUAGCAAUUUGUGGAGGCGACUUCACAGCUUCACCAUUGACGUGUUUAUGGAGAAUCCAAUAGGCUGUGCACGCGCCACCCCAGUCCAGUGCUACAACCGCAACGACACACUGGGGCGUGGUGAGACUGUACAGUUUAAAUGCCGCUCGCCCGUGAUUGGUCGAUUCGUCCGUAUUAAGAAGUGGAGAAUGGAGAACAAUUAUGACACACUAAUGCUUUCUGAGGUUCAGGUUCUUGGCACAAGGGCGACAGAUUGUGCUUUCUCUCGACUUUUUCACCGUGUACGAGAGACGCGACUGAACUCGGCAAAUGACGUCAUUUCCGGCGUUGACGUCAUGAAUUGCGCGAGCAGAUGCGGCCGUCGCGAUUGUUUGGCAUUCAUCUACAACCAGAACAGCCAACAGUGUCAGCUCAUUUCAGCUCCGACGUUUGACGAUUCAACAACGAUGACGUCAUCGUGGGAUUACUACGGAGUGGAUCUUUGUUGAUCUGAUUAAUAUCUGAACGGGAUUUUAUAAAGAGGGAUCCUAAAAUUAUAAAAAGAGGAAAUUUAUAUCUGCAAAUUACUCAAGCUCCAGAACGGGGCGAGAAUUCUAGGACAUUUGAUGGCAAUUUACUUUCAGUUUGCUACAUUUCUGCUUGAAACAUUUUGUAUGAUUAAAACUUGUUAAUUGUACCACCCAUAUUCGUCUAUACAUUCGUCAGAGCAUGUUAUAUUGAAGGCAUCAUUCUAAAAGAAAUUUCAUCGGAAUAAAUAGGAUUACCCAAA